AUGGCAAAAUACAGACCUCCACGCUCAUCUACUGGCCACCGUUACAGACCAACUCGUCCUCAAUAUGAUUCCUAUCGCCCACAACAAGAUCGAUCCCGCGAGAUGAACCGUCCCGAGCAAGAUUUGGAUCAUGACGGUCGCGGGAACGGUUCCAGUCGAGAUGAAAUAGACCUGCCACCCGUUCGGUCUGCGGUCUCGAAAACAAAGCACGAGCGAGCCACGAACCCCUCGACAAAGAUACACUCUCUACGUAGGUUGUUGGCAUCACGAGAGCUGCCUGGGACAGUGCGACAAGAGAAGGAGCGAGAACUAGCUGCGUUGCUCUUCGACCAGAGAAAAUCUCAACUCGCACAGGAUGCCAGAAAGAAUUUACAACGCUACCACUUUGUCCGCUUUAUGGAGCGAAAGAAAGCAGAAAGAGUGCUCAAGAAAUUGCUCAAGGGGAGAGAUUCUGAGGAAUACCAGGAACCGGCAUAUAAAAGUAAACUUGAGAAGCUCAUACACGUUGCCGAGGUGGAUAUCAAUUACACCAAGUACGCACCGUUGGGAGACAAGUACCUUAGCUUGUUCGUUCAGGAGGAAAAGGACAAAAAGAAGCAGAAGCCGAAACUGGACAACGGAGAGGUUGGGAACUUUGAUGUGGAUCAGGAAGAGGAGUUUCGCCAUUUCGCCGACCAAUUGAGCAAUGUCGUUCGCUCUGCGACUGGUGAUAAACCACCAAUGUGGUAUGAAGUCGAGAAGUUGAUGAAAGAAGGAGAGGCAAAGCUGCAAGCUCUACGCGAAGGCAAGUUGACCACCGACAACCGGCUUGAAAAGGAGCUUGCCUCGCUUGGCGGAAAGGAAGAGGUCGAGAUGCGCAGUGGGAACUCAAUCCAGCUUGAGGAAACGAGACCUUCGUGGCUCGAUGACGAUGGCACCAUCGACCCAGCGGAUCUGGACAGUGAACAAGAUGAGGAGAUGAGUGACGGUGGCUUUUUUGAACGUUGA